AUGGUACAACCCAAUGGCCCUAGCAAGCAGGGUGCAAGCGAACCAUCAGGCCUCACCCCUCUCACCCCGGCGCAACUCGACCAAGGCGCAUCCAGGUGCCUCGCCCUCCAAGCCUCCGCCCAGGACCUCCAUCUGAAAAGACCAUUCGUGGCAAUUCUGCUAGCACCGGACAAUGAGACUCAAUUAAUGUCGUCCCUCUCAUUGUCGCAUGUGCGUCACGCCGAAUGUGAAUUGGCGCGCAAUGCCGCCGACAACUACUCCUGGGACUACCUCGCCGGAUGCACCAUGGUCUCAACCUGGGAGCCAUGUGCCAUGUGCGCCGGGACAAUUUACUGGGCGCAUAUCGGGCGACUGGUGUAUAUCGCGUCGGAGAAAACUCUGCAACAAUUGACUGGCCAAGGAAAUUCGGAGAACCUCACGCUGGACCUCCCAUGCCGACAGAUCUUCGACGCAGGUCAGAGUAAGGUGGAGGUGAUCGGACCGUUGACCGAAGGGUGGGAGGAGAAGGUUGCUGAAGAUAGUAGGCGAUAUUGGUCGAAGCAUGGCUAG